AGAGGGAGAGAGAGAGAGAGAGACUCUAGCCAAUGUUACAGAAGAUAUGUGUGACGUCUUUUUUUAAUCAUACAUCUAAAAGGAAGUGUUGAGUUUCAGAUAGCUUAAACACAAACAGCUGCUACUACUACUCCUGGCUCUCUGUACCCUCAGCCAGUCUGUUGUUGACCUCUCAGUGAGCAUGUCGGGUGGUGUUAGUGUUUGGAGGGUAGUGAGCUGGAUGGUGCUGGGCAUGGUUCUGGGGCUCAGUGGUCGGGGCUCAGCCCUGAAGAUCUGCACCUUCAACAUCCAGUCCUUUGGCGAGAAGAAAAUAGAGAAGCCAGAGGUGGUUGAUGUCAUAUUGGCUCUGAUCGCUCGCUGUGACAUCAUGCUGGUGAUGGAGAUCAAAGAUCUCAGUGGGAAGGCUUUCCCUCAGCUCAUGACCAAACUCAACCGUGACUACAGCUCCAGGAAGAAUGAGUAUAACUAUGUAAUCAGUGACAGACUGGGACGUAAGUCUUACAAGGAGCAGUACGCCUUUAUCUACAGACAGAGGCUGGUGUCAGUAAAGGAAGUGUACCAGUACCCAGACACCCAACCUGGAGAUGAGGAUGCCUUCUCCAGGGAACCUUUCAUCGUCUGGUUCUCUUCCCCUAAAACAGCCGUCCAGGACUUUGUGAUCAUCCCGAUCCACACCACUCCAGAGACGUCCGUCAGGGAGAUAAAUGAACUGUACGAUGUGUUCCAAGAUGUCAAACAACGAUGGACCUCAAAGAAUGUAAUCAUCAUGGGCGACUUCAAUGCGGACUGCGGCUACGUACCCAAGAAGCAGUGGAGCAGCAUCCGCCUGCGGUCUGACAGCAGCUUCCUGUGGCUGACGGGUGACACCAUCGACACCACCGUCAAGGAGUCCACAGACUGUGCCUAUGACAGGGUUGUCCUCCACGGGGACAAGAUGAUCCAGGCAGUCAACCCAACCUCUCUGGAUGUGUUUGACUUCAGACAGGCCUACGGACUAACCGAGCUACAGGCCCUGGCGGUGAGCGACCACUACCCAGUGUGCAUCACUGUGAAGGCCGCUCCGAGGAAUAAGGGUUAACGUCUUGUCCUCGUAUAACGGUACCUUCCUGAGGACGUCUCGGUGUCACCCUGGUGGUCUGUGUGCUCCAGAGCCAUCAGACCAUAAGAUAAAUUAAUCACACCAUCAUGGUCAAUGAGCUGCACUGUGUGCUUCAAGGUUAUUAUAGGUUUUGUGUUAUAUAUUUUUAUAUAUAUAUAUAUAUAUAUAUAUAUAUAUAUAUAUAUAUAUAUAUAUAUAUAUAUAUAUAUAUAUAUUAUAUUUGUUUUUAUUUCUAUUAGUCUUUUUUUAUUGUUGACUUAAUCUUAAUCUUUAUUGUUGACUUAAUUUAUUCCAUCUGAUUUUUCUAAAAACAUUUCUAUUUGGUUUUGAUAUGAUUUAGUUUCAGUGUUAGCCUGGGUGGCUAAUAGCUAGGAGGCAGGUAUGUGUUGUAGGUUGGAUUUCUAGAAGUCUCAGACCUAGAUUACAGAUUAUUACAGAUUAGAUUAUUACAGACCUACACCCAGAGCAACAGACCCAGAGCCAGAGCAACAGACCCAAAGCAACAGACCCAGAGCAACAGACUCAGACCUAGACCAACAGACCCAGAGCAACAGACCCAGAGCAACAGACUCAGACCUAGACCAACAGACCCAGAGCAACAGACCUAGAGCAACAGACCCAGACCCAGAGCAACAGACCCAGAGCAACAGACUCAGACCUAGACCAACAGACCCAGAGCAACAGACCUAGAGCAACAGACCCAGACCCAGAGCAACAGACCCAAAGCAACAGACCCAGAGCAACAGACUCAGACCUAGACCAACAGACCCAGAGCAACAGACCAAGAGCAACAGACCUAGACCAACAGACCUAGACCAACAGACCUAGACCCAGCGCAACAGACCUAGAGCAACAGACCUAGAGCAACAGACCCAGAGCAACAGACCCAGAGCAACAGGCCUAGACCAACAGACCCAGACCAACAGACCCAGAGCAACAGGCCUAGACCAACAGACCCAGACCAACAGACCCAGAGCAACAGACCUAGACCCAGAGCAACAUACCUAGACCCAGAGCAACAUACCUAGACCCAGAGCAACAGACCUAGAGCAACAGACCUAGACCCAGAGCAACAGACCCAGAGCAACAGACCCAGAGCAACAGACCCAGAGCAACAGACC